AUGGGUUUGAAGAGUGGUUCUUCCCAACCAUCUACUGUGUCAAAGAAAGCUCCUAGGAAGCCGAAGACAAGAUACCCAGCAAGAAAAACCUACAUGUCCAAGGCUCAAAACAAAGAACUCUCCAAUGUUCCUCUCUGUGAGGAUGUUACUGAUGAAGAGGAAAUCGAUGCUGAAGACUCUCCUGUGAAAUCGCCUCCUGAUGUUGUGCCUGAUGAUGUUGAUCCAAAGAAUGACAAUUCUGAGGAUACCAAUUCUGCAGAACCAACCCAGGCUCCAGCCCCUGUUCAGGACAUCUCUGAUGAUGAUUCUGAUGAUGAGCCCCUGGUUAAAUCCAUUCCUGAUAGCACUGCUGCCAGGAUGAAAAGAAAAAGAAGGGUCUCUACUCCAGAAGCCACUCCCUCUCCACCAAAGAGAUCCAAGUCAAUUCCUGUAACCUACAAAUCUAGACAAGCAAGUGUGAAGGAUAAGGGAAAGCAGAAGGCUGUCAAGACUCCAAAGCUUCACUUUCCUCUUUCUCAGGCUACUCUGGUCUAUUGUGAUAAUGUUAGUGCUAUCUACCUAUCUGGCAAUCCUGUCCAGCAUCAGCGCACUAAACACAUUGAGAUGGACAUUCACUUUGUUCGCGAGAAGGUCGCCCGUGGUCAGGCACGCAUCCUUCAUGUUCCUUCUCGUCACCAGAUUGCAGACAUCUUCACUAAAGGCCUUCCUCGAGUUCUAUUUGAUGAUUUUCGCUCCGGUCUCAGCUACUACAGAUUUUCAGGCAUAGUGGUUUUCACUUUUCAUACCAUAGCCAUGAAUGAACCAUUGGAGACCAUCAUGGAGGUGAGGGAAGAUUUCAUGGUUUCACCAGCUGGUGAUAGUGAACCAACUUUCAGAACUGCCCAUUUUCUGAAACCUAUUGCUACCUCCAUUGAUGGAACAGUUUCUGAGAUUUUCUCAUCCUCUGUGCCACCCAUGCUUGAAACUGAACCAAAGGAGUAUGAAGUUGUGUGGAAGAAAGUUGGCAUCUUUGAAGCCAUCAUGAGCACCAAGUUCAAAAUUGUGAAAAACCAUGACUUAUUAUUUGAGGUUGCAGAGAAGUGGUGUUCUCAGACAAACACCUUUGUGUUUCCAUGGGGUGAGGCCACAAUCACAUUGGAGGAUGUCAUGGUUUUGGGGGGUUACCCUGUUCUUGGUGACCCUGUUUUCACCUCACUUCAGAAUCAGGAAAUGAGAGAGGUUGAACAAAAAUUGAUUCUUGCAAGAAAAGAACCUUGGAGGAGGAGAAAAUCUAAGGCUUAUGUAUCAAUAUGGAUAGAUAUUUUCAUUAAUAGUGGGAGUGAAAUUGAGCAUGAAGCAUUCCUUGUUGCUUGGUUGUCAUUGUUUGUUUUUCCUCAUCAAGACUAUGUAAAUCAGUCUGUAUUUCCUAUUGCUAUUCUUCUUGCUAGAGGUAAUCCUAUUGCUUUGGCACCAGCAGUUUUGGCUAGCAUAUAUAAGGAUUUGGGCUUGUUGAAAGAAACAAUAGCUGGUUUGACAAAAAUUCCAGUAGCUGCUGAUAAAUUGGACAAGGAGUUAGAGGUUACUCUUGAGUCACCCUUUUACUUGGUUCAAAUUUGGUUGUGGGAAAGGUUCCAAAAUUUGCAGCCAGAGACCAAUGUGAUCAAAGAUGGAGACCCUUUAUUGUUCAGGUGGCACAAGGUUAAGGGCAUGAAAAUUGACAAUGCAAGGCUGGCACUGAACUCAGCUAUGGGUGAUUUUCUUUGGCGUCCAUAUGUUAGAUAUGGUGGUAAGUGCAGGGCAUUUUAUCCAGAAAAUGAAAUUCAGCAGGUACCAUUUGAGGCAGAUUUGGACAAAGAGCUAGCCUCAUUCGUUAGGUGCAUGAGAGUUUCUGAGCUUGUUGGAAUUGACUCUACCAUCCUGCAGUACUGCCCUCAUCGAGUUGCUAUGCAGUUCGGAAUGGAUCAAGAUGUCCUGGAUUGUGUGCCGGUAUUCAGAAGGACUGAAGGUAUUGCUUGGGAAAAUUACUGCAGGCCCAUAUCUGAUAGAAAUUUGUAUUUUCCAUCAAGGCUUUUUGAGGCAGAUGUUACCACACGUUAUGCAAGGUGGUGGAAGCAAUCAGUAAUGCAUCAUCAAGAUUUUGCUGUCAAUAUUGUGCAUAGGAAAAGAAGCACAAUGCCAUCAACAUGUGGACCUCAUGUAGUAAAAGAAAACAUAAGUUGUAAUGUUGCUGAUGUUCCACCUGUGUUUCCUCCCAAACUUAUUAGCACUGUUGUUGUUGGAAAAUCUUGUGAUGAUGGUUCAAAAACUGUGGAGGUUGAUAAUGAUGCCGAUGUUACUUCUGGUUUUCUUCCUAAUCAUUUGCAAGUUGUCCCUUUUGGAAAUUCUGUUCAAGAUGGUUCCAAAGCUAAUGGAAAUACUGCUGUUGAUGUUCCAACCAGUUUUCCCCCAAAACAUGAUGCACUGAGUCCUUGCAUUUAUGUGAAGAAUCCUAAGCCUGUCUUGGAAGAGGACAAGUGUUGUGGCAUGGCUCAAGGUUUGGCUAAUGUAGAAGAUAACACUGUAACUUCAUUAGGGAGAUUGAAGGAAGAUUUUGAAGAUGCAAAUGGGAAUAAAGAACCAAUGCUGUCUACUGAUAGAGUAAGGCUAUCUGGGAUCCAAGGUGAAAGCUGUGUAAAUGUUGUGGAACUUAAAAGGAGAAUUCGCAGACUUGAGAGAGUGAUUUCAAGAUUAAAGAAAGCAAGGUUUGGAAACAUUUGAAAAUUUAUUACCUGAUUAGACUAAAACAUUAUCACUUGUUAACAUUUGUUGUGUCCUUUUUUAUGCUUUGGGAGAAUGGAGAGAGGAUAAUAGAAUGAGGAGUGAAUUGAGAUUUGAGAAUGGAUGGGGCAAGUUUCAUUUUACA